AUGGUGAGUAACAAAGAGAAAGAAUUAGACUUCAUUAAGCUUCACGAAAUUAGUCUCCACAUCACAAAGGAUUCAAUAAACUCUGACAAGUAUUAUAGAAAAAUAAGAGAGAUCCAGCCAUCUUAUUACAACAUCAUUAUAAUCUACUAUAAGUUCCUAAAAUUCGUAAUCAAUUAUGAAAAUGACUCCCUUAAAGAAUAAAAUGAACUAGGAAUAGUAAUUUAAAAGAGGAGAAUUCAGAAUCUUAGAACUAUGGAAUUUCAAAAUGAUAUUUUCGAUUUAAACAAGAAAAUAGGAAUCGUAGUAUUGAUGAGUGGAAUGAAAAACCUUGGCAGAAUAGGAAUGAUAAACUAUGAAAUAUCUCAAAUCACUAGAUAUAAAGUAGAUAAACUCAAGAACUCCAAUAUAUCACUCCUUUUUCCUAGUGUGAUUGAUGAAAUUACGCACAAUACCUGCUUAGAAUAGUUUUUUAUUGGCAAAAAUUACUCUAGUUUUAUCAACAGCAAAAAAAAUCUAUGGAUCAAGGACUCAAAUGGUUUCGUGAUUUUAGUAGACUUUAUUACUCAACCAUUUUAUGAUUAGAUAAAGGGUUUGCAAUUCAUUGCCUAUAUUAAAGUCUCAGAUCAAAUGAUAAUCAAGGAUUAAGAGUUAUCUGCAAUUGAUAUAUUCACUGUAAUUGUUGAUUAAUUUGGAUAAAUUAAGAACUCUUCAUCAAAUUUUGCUGCUUUAUUAUAAUUCCAAAAUUCUUAAGAUAUGAGAAAUUCAGAUUAAAAUUUCUAUGAAAUGUGUUUUGAUGCCUAAAAAAAUAUCGAGAAUUAACUCAUUUAAGAAGGAAUUUCAACUAUUCUUAAUCUUAAUGAAUAGGAAUUCAACUAUUAAAGUGAUGAUAUUCCUAUGUAAUCUAAUGGGAUGUUUAAAGAGACAGAGAUCAAUGAUUCGGAUAUUGAGGAAAAUGGCGUUAAAAUUUCGUUAGAAAAUAAAAAUAAAAGCAAGAUGUUAUCCCUAAAAGAAUAAUAAUACUCAAAAUAUAAUUUCGUAUCAACAUUCGCAAAGGCAGUUGAUCUUCUUAUCCAUGAUCAAGAAAGUUAGAAAAUAGACUAAAUAGAGGGAAGUUUGCAAUAUGAUGGUUCAGUUACUAACUCUAGUUAAUGGGAAAUUUUAAUUGAUGAGAAUAACUUAUAGAUUGAGGUAGUAAAUUUAAUCAAUUUAUAACCAAACGGAGUUGUUUCUCAUUAUGAUUAUGAUUUAAUACCAGGUAUCUAGCAAUUGAUUUCGAAAGUUUAAAUGCUAAUUGCAAGCUAAAACUAAUCUUGCUUUUGCUAGUUCAGAUAUCAAGACUUCUAAAAAAAUUAUACUUUUAGAGAUUUUGAAAGAGAUUAUUAUUUUGUCGAUAAAAAUGCUGUGAAUACAUUGGGUAAAAGGGUUUUUAAAUUGGGCUAAUAAAUGAUUCAAAGAAUAGUUGAUAGCAUUCUUUCCAGUGUUAAUUAAAACAAUAAAUAACAGAAAAAUGGUAAUUUAAAUGCUAGCAAGAUUAAAGCUAAAUACAGCGAUAUAAUCUCAAAAGAAGUAAACUAUGAAAAUUUUGAUGAUCACAAUUCAUUACUGCAAGACACAGAAAAAGAAUAAGUUAUAGGCGAUGAUGAAAUUCUAGAGCAAUCUAUAAAUGAUAAAAGACAAUUUGAAUCUGAAUCAGGUUCAUAAAUUCAAUAAAUUUCUUAAACAGAUGAGAAAGAAAUGACAUUAGAUUAAAAAUCUCUGAUACAAUUAAAGAAAAAAAAGAGAGAUAACUAUGAGAUUAGACUGCAGGAAAUAAUAUAAGAUAUACAUCAACGAUUUAGAGCUUAAAAGAUAUUAAACGGAAUUAAAAUAAUGAUUUUGUCCUCAAUUUACUGUAUGUUCUUUGUAGCACUAUAUUUGAUUAACAAUGAGGCUAAGGUUCAAACAAAGAAUUCAAUAGAAGCCUUUAAUACAAUCCUUAUGAGAGGACCUUGUCUUUCAUCAGUACCACUAUUUGUGAGGCAAAGAUUAAUCCAAAAUUAAACUGUUUAAGUAGAAUUCCUAAAUAAUUCAAUUGAUGGACUAUUUGAUUUUUGCCAGUAAAACUACAUGAAAAUUAAAGACUUAAGAAAAUCGCAGCCUUUAUCUUUUAGACUUGACAAAAAUCUUGUUAACAAAUAUGAGGAUCAACAACUAUGUGAGAGUUCUGAAAAAAUUAUCCACAAAGAUUAAAACUUAGUAUAGAUAGAACUCUAAGUUUGUAGUCAAAGUAUUAAUGGAAUGCUGAACAAAGGAUUGUCUUAGAGUUAUACCUACUUGAUGGCUGAAUUCAGAAAGUAUCAAAUUUAAUACGAAAAUCUAAGAGCUCCCACUGACUCAGAACUCAAAUCUCUUAUCAAUGAAUGA